AGAGCUUAAUUGGUUAAUAUUCUCAAAUUUCCGAAACCCUACUAGGGUUUAAGAAGCGAGCGGUUCCCUAACUCCCAACUCAGUCCCGUACUGCAUACCCAUAUAACCUGUAUCUUUUUCCUUUUGCAGAGCUAUGAGGUUUUUGUGCAAAACCCUAGUUACAUUACUUCGAGUUGAUGGGAUUUCUGUGUGAUUCCAACAUUGAAGACGAACUCAAGUAUCAACCUUCAAAUCUCAAGCGACCCACUUGACCUCUCUAUCCCCAAAAUCGACGAUUUCUCUUCGUAAUUCGUCAAUUCAAUUCUUUAUUUAGACAAUAUCAAGGUUUGGAGUGAUAUAAUCCAGAACCAUAUUUGUUUCAGCCAAAGCGAUCCAGCUACGUUGAUUGAAGAAAGUUUGAAAUUCGGAGUAGUUGAGAAGCGGUACUAGAUGGUCGAAUCAAUUUCUUGUAGAGAAACCACGGUUGGUGACCCAAUUCGAGAAGGGUCUGAGAAAUUGGGGAAUUCGGGUUGCUUGAUUGAGGAAGAUAUGGUAAAGGUUAAUGUGGAAGAGGCGUUAUACGGGUCGGCUGCUGUUGGUGUGGAUGGCGUGAACAAUGGUGAAUUGGCUAGUGCUACUGGUUGUAGCGCGAAGAGUGUUGAAACGGGCUGUGUCAAUAGGAGUGGUGUGAGGACUAGUGAAAGUGAGAGCCUUGACGCUAAUGGUGUAAAGAGUAGUGAAAUAUUGGGUGUUGAUAGGAAUGGUCAAAUAGUUGGAGUCAAUGAGGAUGGUAUGAAGACUGUUGAGAAUGGAAGUGAUGGCAGCUUUGAGUCACAGAGUGCAAGCUUAUCUUCAUCUUCUAGUAGUGAGGACGACGAUAGUGAGGAGGAGGAGGAGGAAGAAGAAGAAGAAGAGGACAAAGAGAAGGGGGAGAUUGUAAGGGAUUCUGAUGGAGAGGAGAUGGUUGCUUGGAGUGAUGCUGAAGAUGAUGGUGACGGUGACGGUGGCGGCUUUGGUGAUGUCAUUUCAGGACCUAUUAGGUCCAAGAAUGAGCUUGAGGUUCUACCUCCUGUACCUCCAGUGACUCUGACGUUGCAACCGUAUCAUCAGAUCCUGCCAGUAGGAGCAGUGUUAUCGAUUAUGGGGUCCCAAGUCAUUGUGGAGGGGGUGGAGAAGCACGACCCUCUUAACGAGGGUUCUAUCCUAUGGAUAACAGAAAGCAGAUCCCCCUUAGGGCUGGUAGAUGAAAUUUUUGGACCUGUGAAGAAUCCUUACUACAUGGUAAGAUAUAACUCGGACAAUGAAAUCCCUGCUGGUAUCCAACAAGGCACUUCGAUCUCUUUUGUUCGAGAAUUUGCAAAUCCUGUCCUGAAUGACAGCAAUCUUCACAAGAAAGGAUAUGAUGCAUCUGGUGAACAUGAUGAAGAGGUUUCAGAUGAGGCAGAGUUUUCAGAUGACGAGGAGGAGGCUGAGUACCGGAAAAAACUGAAGACGACUAAAAGGGGCAGGAAUGACCAGAAACAGGGAAACAGGAAAGAGGAUAAGAAGUUCAAAAAUAGAGGCGGGACCCGGAAAAAUGGGCAACCUUCAGCCCCAAUAGUGGCAAUGGAUGUGUGUGAUAUAUCAGCUGUUCAAAACCAGCGAUGUAUUCCACCCAUCGCAGCAUCACUAGAUCAUGAUAGUCAGCAUUCCUUUGGGCAAGGACAAGGUUUUGCUGAUGGUCCAGGCAUUGUUCGACCAUUUCCACAACAGUCACAAGCCACUGGUUUUCUUGCACCUUCUAAUGUAAUUAGGAUGAAUGGAAUGCCAUGUCAGCAGCAACACGGCGUGGUUGAUCAUAAUGAGUUUCCAACAAAUGGUAUGCCGUGGCUACAAGAAAAUUAUCAUCAGAUGCCUUUGCUGAACAGAAUGCCAUCUCAGCAGCAGUUAGACCCUGGGCAGAGGGUACCUUCUAAUGUUGUUUUAACAGGUGAGCAGGCAAAUUCUUGCGCAGGACAUGCAUCUGUACCUUGGCCUGGGUACCCGGUUCAAAAUGGCUUCGACCAAAUUUCGUCUGGGAUGGCCUUUCCAAACCAGCAUGCUUGCCCACCCGUAAAUGUGGGAGCACAAGGAAUUAUGUUGAAUGGCUUAUGGAAUGAACAGAACUCUAACUUGCGGCCACCUCCUGUUACUCGGGGAAACAUUGAAGCUUCUCAGAAUUUUAAUCAGGGUGUGUCUUUCAAUCGUGGCAGGAAACCGCAUCACAGAGGCGGUGGUCGUUUUAGCAGUGGGAGAGGCUGACGGCAGUCCUCAUACUGAAAUAUGCUUGGAAUGGAGCUGUUUAUAUACUCUUUACGUUCUUUUCAUGUAAAAUGUACUUUUAAAGAUCUUUUCAUGGAGAAUCUGGAAUUUAAAUUUUGAUCUACUUUCCUAUAUAUAUACCAUGUGGAUUUUAUUUCU